AAUCGGGAAACAAUAUCAGUAUAAAUCAUAAGGAUACAAGCAACAUAGUUACAGUCAUAAAUGAAAGGGGAUGGGUGAUGGGAAUGAUGAGAUGAAUAAUAGUAGUGCAGAUUUAGUAAAUAAUUUGACAGUGUUGAGGGAAUUAUUUGUUUAGCAGAGUGAUGGAUAGGGGAGGCUUCUGUGGGGCAAGGCUGAGGGAGAGAAGGGGAUAGGAUAGGAUAGGCUGAUUGUAACUACUCAUUAAUUGUCAAGCUGUGUUGAUUUAUCAAGACCCAUCACAUAAUCACAUAGUUUCCUAGCGAGGCAUGGGUAGUAAAUCAAUAAAUGAUACUACUUUCAGGAAACCCCUGAAAGUUGCUACAAAAUAGCAUUAGCUGAAUUUGCCUGGCACCCUCAUAAAGCAGCAAAAUCCAAUGAAGCUUAGCAGUCCUGUCUUUGUCACUAGUUUAUGGAUCAGUGUGGUAAAAUCACAGAAAAUUGAACAUAGACACAAUUUUCCAUAUUUUCACACAUGAUCCCACUGGAGUGAAAUCUUCAAAGGAAGGAGUGAAUGUAGUAGGCCAGAGAACUUGAUUGGCUGGGAAGUUUAUUCUUCUCGAAAUAUAUCCCCGAUUAUGCUACUGGGAGAAAAGGCUGCAGUAUAGCCCAACGUGCCGAUCGGCAGAAAGAUCAUAAGCAGCUUGCCCAUCGUAGGACAGAAGCGCUAAGAGAUCGAAAGGCUGCAGGUAUGUUAUUGUUGCUGAAAUUUCCACCAUUCCCCUCCUUCCUUCCCAAGUAGAUGCGAACGACUCCAAACUGCAACUGGGGACUGUCUUUCUGUUUCUGGGGAGGGAUGAGUUCAUCAGAAGCACGCCUUCUAUCUAAAGUCGAGAUGUACAGCAGGGUAAAAAGGCGGAGCCGCUCCAGAAAUUCAAGCUUAGCAGCCCUCCGGGUCCUCGGUGUCCGCGUCUUCGUUCCGCUGCAGGGCUAGAAAGAUCGCCCUUGAGCGAGUCGUACAACAACUGGUUCGCAGGCUGCGGGCGUCGCAGAAAAACGAGUGACUCCAGCGGUGGUGACGCAGCUUAAUUGCGUCAUUUUCCAGGCGCCGCUGGGGUCGGGGAUGGGCAAAGGGAGACAUGGAAUGCAAAGGGUGGUGUGGCUGGUCGGAGCUGCGAUCGCAAUCAAUGGGGUCCUUCAUGGAUUAGACUUGGAAGAUAGCCCAUGAUAGCCAUCAUGGGGCAAAGUGAAUCGGAGCCACAGGAGGAGGAAGAGGAUGCAAUGGUUGUGACAGUUAUGCUUUCCAACUUCAAGCUCUUUGUGGAGGAUCAGCUCCAGACCAGCAUGGUUUUGGGUGUUGUGAUAGGAGCUGGGCUUUCGGUAUUGCUUCUUUCUGUUUUGGUACUGAUAUUGAUCCACCGAUUUCAUCUUCAAAAGGUUCAGGCUCCAGAGCAACCAAAAUAUCGAUUUCGCAAGCGGGAUAAAGUUUUGUUUUAUGGACGGAAGAUUAUGCGUAAGGUUUCUCAAUCUACAUCCUCCCUCGUAGACACUUCCAUGUCUGCUUCACGGCCACGCAUGAAAAAGAAGCUCAAGAUGCUAAAUAUUGCCAAAAAAAUCCUGCGUAUCAAGAAGGAGCUGCCAACCCUUCAGCUGAAGGAACCACCCCCAUCUGUUCUGGAGGCUGAUCUUACAGAGUUUGAUGUGGCCAACUCUCAUCUCCCCUCUGAAGUACUCUACAUGUUAAAGAAUGUGCGGGUGCUAGGCCACUUUGAGAAACCCUUAUUCCUGGAAUUGUGUAAACACAUGACCUUUCAACAAUGCCAGCAAGGCGAAUAUGUCUUUCGCCCAGGUCAGCCUGAUACCAGCAUUUAUGUGGUCCAGGAUGGAAAAUUGGAGCUGUUUCUAUCUGAACAGGAUGGGAAAGAGACUCUUGUGAAGGAGGUGUUCCCAGGGGACAGUGUGCACAGUCUUCUCAGCAUCCUGGAUGUCAUCACAGGUCACCAACGGCCAUAUCGGACAGUGUCUGCACGGGUAGCUGAAGACUCCACUGUGCUGCAGUUGCCGGUGGAAGCCUUCUCAGCGGUCUUUGAGAAGUAUCCUGAGAGCUUGGUUCGGGUGGUUCAGAUCAUAAUGGUUCGUCUUCAAAGAGUCACCUUCUUGGCCUUGCACAACUAUCUGGGCCUGACAAAUGAGCUUUUCAGUCAUGAAAUGCAACCAUUGCGGCUUUUUCCCCAGUCGAGUCACCCCUCACGCACAAGUCCUGUCUGGCACAGCAAACGCAUAAUUAGUGCUUCCUCUAUUGAGGACACAAAGGAUAGUACUGGAAGGCAACCAGAUGCCUCUAAAGAUCAAGGUGAUCCCUUGAAAUCAGGUUUAUUAGAACCCCCUGUUCCUCCUCUGUUGAGCCGUUGUAUUUCCAUGCCAGUUGACAUUUCAGGAAUUCCGAAGGGCCCACGGUCUGACUUCGAUAUGGCCUAUGAGCGAGGCCGCAUCUCAGUUUCUCUUCAGGAAAACAGUACAGUUGCAUUGGAUGGCUUUGCUCGAUCAGCUUCCCAAGACUCCCGCGAUCAAAAGUCUGUGACGGUGGAGGAACAGCCAUCAGGCAUCUACCAUUACAACUAUUGUGAGGAUGAUUCAGCAACUGGCGAUUGCCCAUUUGGACCAUACCAGGGCCGCCAGACCAGUGCCAUUUUUGAGGCUGCCAAACGGGAACUGAUCAAACUCAUGAAAAUUGAGGAUUCAUCCUUAUUAAAUAAUCGGGUGCUUUUGCACCAUGCCAAGGCAGGAACAGUAAUUGCCCGUCAAGGAGAUCAAGAUGUCAGCUUGCACUUUGUACUGUGGGGCUGUCUGCAUGUUUACCAGCGUAUGAUUGACAAGGCUGAAGACGUGUGCCUCUUCUUGGUGCAACCUGGAGAGAUGGUGGGCCAGCUAGCAGUGCUUACUGGAGAGCCACUGAUUUUCACCAUCAAAGCGAAUCGUGAUUGUACUUUCCUUAAGAUCUCCAAGUCUGACUUUUACGAGAUUAUGAGGGAACAGCCAAGUGUGGUGCUGAGUGUGGCUCAUACUGUGGCAGCCCGCAUGUCUCCUUUUGUGCGGCAAAUGGACUUCGCUAUUGAUUGGAUGGCAGUAGAGGCUGGGCGAGCACUUUACAGGCAAGGUGACAAAUCUGACUGCACCUAUAUUGUGCUGAAUGGGCGCUUGCGUUCUGUCAUCCAGAAAGCCAAUGGCAAGAAGGAACUAGUUGGAGAAUACGGGCGUGGGGACCUCAUUGGAGUGGUAGAAGCUCUGACCCAUCAAGUACGAGCUACUACUGUCCAUGCUGUACGGGACACAGAGUUGGCCAAGUUACCAGAAGGGACUCUCAACAACAUCAAAAGACGCUACCCUCAGGUUGUCACCCGCCUUAUCCACCUACUGAGUCAGAAGAUCCUGGGGAAUCUGCAGCAGUUACGUGGCUCUUUCCCAGGUUCAGGUCUUGGCAUGACCUCCAGUUCAGAAUUGACCAAUCCAGCUAGUAAUCUCUCAACAGUGGCAGUCCUUCCAGUAUGUGAUGAGGUGCCCAUGGCAGCCUUCACCUUGGAACUCAAACAUGCUCUGAAUGCAAUUGGCCCAACCCUUCUACUCACCAGUGACAUUAUCCGUGCUCGUCUUGGGGCAUCAGCAUUGGAUAGUAUCCAUGAAUAUCGACUCUCUGGCUGGCUGGCUCAGCAAGAGGACAUUCAUCGCAUUGUUUUGUACCAGACUGACUGCACAUUGACUCCUUGGACAGUGCGUUGCAUCCGACAAGCUGACUGCAUUCUCAUUGUGGGCCUGGGGGACCAAGAGCCCACACUGGGUGAGCUAGAACAGAUGCUGGAGAAUACAGCAGUGCGGGCCCUAAAGCAGCUUAUCCUUCUGCACCGUGAAGAUGGCCCCAGCCCUGCCCGCACAGUGGAAUGGCUCAACAUGCGCAGCUGGUGCUCAGGGCAUCUACACAUCAAGUGCCCACGCAGGGUUUUUUCUCGACGCAGUCCCAACAAACUGAGAGAGAUGUAUGGGAAAGUCUUUGAAAAGAAUGCGGAUCGUCACAGUGACUUCUCUCGUCUGGCACGAGUCCUUACAGGCAAUACCAUUGCUCUGGUUCUGGGUGGUGGUGGAGCCAGGGGUUGUUCUCACAUUGGAGUGAUCAAAGCCAUGGAGGAAGCUAGUCUCCCUAUUGAUCUGAUUGGUGGUACUUCAAUUGGCUCCUUCAUAGGGGCCCUUUAUGCAGAGGAGAGGAGUGCAGUACGCACAAAGCAGCGGGCCAGAGAGUGGGCAAAGAGUAUGAAUUCAGUGUUUGCGACUGUGCUGGAUCUCACCUACCCAAUCACCUCCAUGUUCUCUGGCUCUGCCUUCAACACCAGUAUUCACAAGGUGUUCCAGGAUAAACAGAUUGAGGAUCUGUGGCUCCCAUAUUUUAAUGUGACAACAGACAUCACAGCUUCUGCCAUGCGUGUGCAUAAAGAUGGCAGCGUGUGGCGCUACGUCCGGGCCAGUGCAUCUUACGCCCCCUAUUUGCCUCCUCUCUGCGACCCCAAGGACAGUCACUUGCUUGUGGAUGGCUGCUAUGUUAACAAUGUCCCAGGCUCGCUGUGGCGGUAUGUGCGAGCUAGCAUGACCCUUUCCGGGUACCUACCGCCACUCUGCGACCCCAAGGACGGCAAUUUACUGAUGGAUGGCGGCUACAUCAACAACCUUCCAGCUGACAUUGCUCGUAACAUGGGUGCCAAGACGGUCAUUGCCAUUGAUGUGGGAAGCCAGGAUGAGACUGACCUCUGCAACUAUGGGGAUAGUCUUUCAGGUUGGUGGUUGCUGUGGAAACGUCUCAACCCUUGGGCUGAGAAAGUCAAGGUACCUGACAUGGCGGAAAUCCAGUCCCGCCUAGCCUAUGUCUCAUGUGUGCGACAACUGGAGGUGGUGAAGAGCAGUUCGUAUUGUGAGUACAUUCGCCCUCCCAUCGAUCGCUUCAAAACCAUGGACUUCGGAAAGUUUGAUGAAAUCUAUGAUGUAGGUUAUCAACAUGGAAAAGUAGUGUUUGGUGGUUGGUGUCGCGGUGAUAUAAUUGAAAAAAUGGUUCAAGAUCGGCACUCAGCAGACUUCUAUGAGAGCAAACGCAUGGAUGUGUUGAUGUGUCCUAGCGGAGGAUUCACAGAUCUGGCAGAGAUUAUCUCUCGCAUUGAGCCAGCCAAGAGCUAUCUGUCCGAGGGCUAUGCUGAUGGAGAAGAGUCAGAUUAUCUAACUGAGUAUGAGGAGGAAGGAAUGGAUGCUGUACGGGAGGAAGAGGGGCAGGAGUUGCUAUUUGCUCCUGCUGAACAGAAUGCUGUCUUUGAAACAGAUGAAGAAAAAAGUCUGCGUCAUCGCCAGGGAAUCUCCCAGGCACCUCCUAUCCAAUUAGCAACUCCCAAAGGUCCUUAAUGCUGAGUCUCUAUAACUAAAACUUGGACUUAUCAUGAGGUGUUGCCUACUAUAGGUACAGUGCCCUCAAAUCACUUCUGUAAUAAGUUUUACUAUCUGGCAAGCACAGUCAAGAAACUUGUGGAUGCUUUUAAGCUGCUGUCUUAGAAGAUCUUACAGAAGACCUGCUGGAAUUAUUCUUCCUGCCACAAACUGUAAAGCACUGCAUAAUGGAUGUGGCACAGUAUUACCACAGUUCUGGCUGUGCAAAAGGAUCAGGAAGGGCUGGCCCUCAAGCAGACUUGGUAUUUGCAGAUCUGGAAUUGACUGCCUGGCUAUAGGUCAGGGGCAUGAAAUUGAGAGACAGUGGCUAAUCCUUUCCCUUUAGUUUGCUGUGACAUGAAAUAACCCCGAAUUUGCAAAGGACAACAGAAAAGCACUUUACUAAACAUUAUAGAGGAGAUGAAAAAUGAUAGCAGUGCCUGAAAAGAACAAUUCAGACUCCUGUCAUUUCCUGGUGCCUGAUUUUGUCCUUUUAGCCACACCAAAGGAGUAGGACAUAUUUUCCUUCUGUUCCUCGAGUUUUUCUACUCUAGAACUAGCAGUUAUUUCAGUCCUUCACUGAAAGAGGUACAGAUGUCUAUAUAGUUUCUGCAUUGACUAAUGUAGUCCUGCUUCCAGAUCAGCCCCAACACAUCUUCACAUUCCUGUUUUGUGUGUUUUUGUAAUGAAACAAAUGAAAUGAUACUGGGCUCAUUAUUGGUGAUCUCUACAGUAGGGAAAGUUCUUACAGCUUUGGCAAUGACAAGCGAUUGCUGGAGGAGUGAGAAGAGAGACUUUCCAGAGUUUACAGAUUAACAGAGUUGGAUGGGACCUUGUAGGUCAUCUAGUCCAAUCCUCCACCCAAGCAGGAGACCCUACACCAUUUCUGACAGAUGGCAGUCCAAUCUCUUCUUGAAAGCCUCCAGUGAUGACAACGUCUGAAGACAAGUUGUUCCAUUGGUUGAUUGCUCUCACUGUCAGAAAAACUAUCCUUAUUUCUAGGUUGAAUCUCUCCUUGUUUAGUUUCCAUCCAUUAUUUCUUGUCUGGUCUUCAGGUGCUUUGGAAAAUAGUUUGACCUCUUCCUCUCUGGCAGCCCCUCUGGCAACCUCUUUGAUGUUUGUUUGCUAUUGG